AAAAACAUUGUUUGCUUUAGGAAGGUGUAUAAUGUUCAAGAAAACGAAACGAGAUCAAAACAGGAUAAGAUUCCACGAUCAAUGCUGUUUACGCAGGCCAAAGUGGGCGACGACGAAUUACGCAUUCGCUAAUGGUGAACAGUAAAAAAAAUUCAUAAUUUAAAGAACUUACAUGCGGUAAAACAGUGUCCCCUUCGCCUGCAUCAUCACCCUUUUCGUUCUCAAAGGGAUUGAAAGCAUCGAUGUCGUCCGCCAUAUUGAAUAUCGUGAUCAAAACAGUCGUUUCGCGUUCGGAAACAUUCGGAGGCUGACGAGGUGUUCCGAGUUACCCGAUACGAUGCGACAAUUUAUUUUGCUUCCGCCAUUUUGCUCCGUGGGCCUUUUUUUUGUGAUUUCAGAUUUAUCCUUAUUUGUUGUCUUGAUGGCCGAGGUACAGCUCUUGGUUUUGGGGCCAGAAGGGGUAGGAAAGACAGUCAUGCUGAAGAGGCUUAAAACACUGACCGCACAGCAGAAUUUAGCUCAAGCCCAACAAAAACAAGAACUUGGUGAGGCACCUUCUACCGUCCCAACGAUAGGCGUCAAUCUGGUCACACUGACACACCAUAGAAAGAAAUAUACUUUCAGAGAGCUUGGAGGAGCAAUGGGACCAAUUUGGAAUAACUACUUCAAAGAAGCAGCCUGUUUGGUGUAUGUUAUAGACAUGGCUAACCAGACUCAAAUUGCUUCAGCCUGCAUCCAGUUGUUGGAAGUACUCUCUUCAAAACAAACCCAAGAAAUGGCGGUUCUUCUGAUUUUUAACAAGAUCGAUUCUCCAGACUGUAUGAGUAUGAGCGAAAUUAGCGCUAUAAUGAGGCUUCGAGAGGUUCUAGCCAACGCUAGGCAAGACAUUACAGUUUUGGAAUGCAGUUUUCGCGAGGGGACAGGCUUAGAUCGAAUUUUAAAGUGGCUACAGGAGAAAUGUUGUGUGUCGUCCUUAGCAAAAUAAUGACAGACAAAACACCUGUGAAUAAAUUAUUUGCAACUUGAA